AUGUCUUCCUCAUGGGUUUAUGGCCUUGUUUUUCUUAUUUCCAUUUUUCAAGAAUGUUGUUUUGUCCUCGCCAUUGUUUCAAGCAAGGUUCAUAUUGUGUAUAUGGGUCAUAGACGCCAUGAGGAUCCCGAGCUUGUUGAGGACUCCCACCAUGAGAUUCUUUCAUAUAUUCUUGGAAGCAAAGAAGCUGCCAUGGAAUCAAUUCUGUACAGCUACAAGCACGGAUUUUCGGGGUUUGCUGCGGUUUUAACUCCAUCUCAAGCUGAAAUCAUAGCAGAUUUCCCUGGGGUAGUUCAUGUAGUUCCUAAUAGAAUUCUUAAUCUUCACACUACUAGAAGUUGGGAUUUCCUACAAGUAAAGCCUAAUCUGGUGAAUGGAAUUCUCUCAAAGGGUAAAUCAGGUUUUGGGGCUAUCAUUGGUGUCUUAGAUACUGGAAUAUGGCCUGAAUCUGAAAGCUUUAAAGACGAGCAAAUGGAAAAGGUUCCUUCUCGUUGGAAGGGAAUAUGCCAGGAAGGAGAAGCAUUCAAUAGUUCCAGAUACAUGGGCAGGAAAAUUAUUGGGGCACGUUGGUAUAUGAAAGGAUACAAGGCAGAAUUUGGAAAGCUGAAUACCAGUGAUGGGGCUGAAUUCUUGUCUGCCCGAGAUGCAGCAGGCCAUGGUAGUCACACCUCAUCAACAGCAGCUGGAGUUUUAGUAGAGAAUGCAAACUUUAUGGGUCUAGCUCAAGGAUUGGCCAGAGGCGGUGCUCCAUCUGCUUGGUUAGCUGUAUACAAAGUCUGUUGGGCCACAGGUGGCUGUAGCUCGGCGGAUAUUCUUGCUGCAUUUGAUGAAGCAAUAUCUGAUGGCGUGGAUGUGCUUUCGGUGUCUCUAGGUUCAUCCCCACCACUUGCUACUUAUGUCGAGGACGUGUUAUCCAUUGGUUCCUUCCAUGCUGUGGCCAAAGGAAUUCCUGUAGUCUGCUCUGGUGGGAAUUCAGGUCCUUAUCCUCAAACAGUUAUAAAUACUGCUCCUUGGAUAAUAACUGUGGCAGCAAGCACAAUUGACAGAGCUUUCCCUACCAUGAUUACUCUGGGGAACAAUCAAACUGUCGUGGGUCAAGCUUUUUAUACUGGAGAGGAUAACAAUUUCUACCCUAUAGUGUAUGGAGAAGACAUUGCAUCCGCUGAUGCGUACGAAGAUGAUGCAAGAAAUUGUGAUGCGGAAUCUCUGAAUGCCACUCUAGCGAAAGGAAAGGUCAUUCUUUGUUUUCAAUCUCAUUCACUAAGAUCUGCAGCCACUGCUGCAGGAAAUAUACUGCCAGUUCAGGCUAGAGGACUCAUCUUUGCUCAGCUUCCGACUAAGGAUGUUUCUUUGUCCUUGGGUCUCCCAUGUGUCCAAGUGGACUUUGCAAUAGGAACAUACCUGCUGACAUACAUUGCAUCAACCAGUAAUCCUCUUGUGAAGUUUAGCAUCACAAAAACGGCCGUAGGGCAUCAAAUUUCUCCAGAAGUGGCAUUCUUCUCAUCUCGAGGACCAAGUUCUCUAUCUCCCACGGUAUUGAAGCCUGACAUUGCUGCUCCUGGGGUUAAUAUCUUGGCCUCUUGGUCCCCUUAUUCUUCUGCCUUACCGCCUGAUGUCAGUCCAAAUCAACUACUUCCACUUAACUUCAAAAUUGAAUCUGGAACCUCCAUGGCUUGUCCCCAUAUAUCUGGUAUUGUUGCUCUGCUCAAAGCCAUCCAUCCCGGAUGGAGCCCUGCUGCAAUCAAGUCUGCCCUGGUUACCACAGCCUCUGUAAAGUAUGAAUAUGAUCAAUGUGCUACUGCUGAGGGAGCUCCACACAAGAUGGCUGACCCAUUUGAUUAUGGUGGUGGUCAUGUAGAUCCUAACAAAGCCAUAGACCCUGGUCUCAUUUACGACAUGAACAUCAAAGAUUACUCGCUCUUCCUUUGUUCCAUGGACUACAAUGACACUGCAAUUGGCUGGCUGACGGGGGCUCAUACUCCAUGCCGUAAAAAAACCAACUUCCUAGCAAACUUUAAUCUUCCAUCUAUCUCUAUUCCUGAGUUGAAGACGAGCAUGACCGUAUCAAGAACAGUGACAAAUGUAGGUCCAGCAAUAUCUGUCUACGCUGCUCGAAUUCAAGCUCCACCUGGGACAAGUGUGAAAGUGGAGCCCUCAAUUUUGUUUUUCAAUGGUACUGUGAAGAAGCUAAGGUUCAAGGUAACAUUUUGCUCUCUGCUAAGAGUACAUGGCACAUAUUCAUUUGGAAAUCUGUUUUGGGAAGAUGGAUUUCAUGUGGUGAGGAUUCCACUGAUAGUUCGACAGGUCAUGGAGGAUUUUUAUGCUCAAACAUGAUUCUAG